UUAUAUAUAUACAGGCGUUCGGUCUGGACAGCUCUGUGAAGGCGACGUAGGGGUCCUGACGUCUACAGCACUUCAUUUCAACAUGGCGGCGAACAGCGGUAGCGGCACGGGGAGUAAAAGCGGUGGAGGAAAGCAGUCUGGUCCUUCUGCCGAGCAAGUUGUGGCAACGUUCCAGAGGAUGCGGCAGGAGCAGCGCAGCAUGGCCUCAAAAGCUGCUGAACUGGAGAUGGAGAGCAAUGAACACAGCCUCGUCAUCGACACGCUGAAGGAAGUCGACCCCUCUCGGAAGUGCUAUCGUUUAGUCGGGGGUGUUUUGGUGGAGAGGACUGUAAAAGAAGUGCUGCCUGCGCUGGAGAACAAUAAAGAACAGAUAUCAAAGUUAGUCAUGUCACUCAACACGCAGAUGCAGACGAAAGGGCGGGAGCUGACUGAGUAUCGGGAACGUUACAACAUCCGCCUGGUGGGCGAAGACGACAAACAGGGCAAAGGCAAUGCGGCUCAGGGCAAAGAAAGCGAAGAAGGAGGAUCUAAAAGCGGAGCUGGAGUUCUUGUUUCUUAGUCACUUUAGCUUUUCACAUUAACCUAUAAUUUAAUUGUGUAAGGUUUGAGAGCCUGAAUAUUGUGAAGAUGACAAAUUUACAUGUGAAUUUUGUAUAUUCAUAAUGUUGAAACGGUCUCUAAACUUUUCCUCUGAACAAUGAACAGCACAGCUGAUGGAGAAUAUUCUUACAGUUAUACAGCAGAGACAGUAACUUUACAUUUAUGGGUUUAUUUUGAGUGUAGCCGUGACCUUUAAUCCCUAAUCUCUCCUCCCCUCUUAAAAUGCUUUGUGUAGGAUAAUGUAAAUUACAGAUUAUACACAACUCAGUGUCCUACAUAUGACACAUACUGAACAACUGCUUUUGCCUUUCACUUUGUAAUGAAUGUGAUACAAUACGAAACAGACUACAUCCGAUGCACCCUUAAAUGCUUAGACGUGUCUCUUUAGGCACAUAAAAAGCUUAUACCGUCUUACAUAUAGCUAAUAGCUAAUUAAUGUCCAUUGCUGUGAAUGUUCACAAAACUGAACGACGCCCCAGGAUUUUGAACCUUAACAUAGAGUGCUUCAAUUAUGAAAAAAGGUUUCCUCAACACUUUUUGCUUUGAAAUCGGAACACAGCUCUUCCUUGUCAACUUUGAAUAUUUUUUUUUUUUUUAUGUUUGUCUUGUUUGUUUUGGUUAAUGAAUUAAAAUGCCAACUUGAAUAA